AUGCUUCGUGCACUUUCCCACGAGCCGAACGAUGUCGAGUGGAUAGCAGCGAAUCACGAACAGAUUGUCACUAGCAAUGGUCCAUUACAACCGGAGACGUCUAACAACAAACGAAAGCGGCAAGCUUCUUGCUUCUGCGCGCCGCAAAUGUUCGGGGGUGGCAUAUACCUGCCGGACCCUUCAACGUAUGAUCCCAUCGAGAUCUUGCUCAACACUCAUGACCGAAGCGAGAGGGAUGAACUUGUCAAAAAAUGGCGAGACAACAAACUGAGCGAGUUGAACUUUGUUGGUGUUGUAGUGAGUACUGCAUCCAUCUGUGACUCUGCACCGUUGACCAUCGUCGAGUCCGCUCUGCUGGCCGGUGUUCUCACAUCGACAGGUAGCUGGCCCAAUAUUCUCACGGCUGGCAAGCCGUCUCCCUGGUGCAAGGGCGAUGAUGGAGAAGAUGUCGAGAAUUCGAGUGUCGACGCUGAUAGCGAGGGCAAACGCCAAGCCAUGAUUGGCGCCAUCCUUGUUUGGCACAAGGGUACUUCCGUCAAACCUCGAGAUUUGCCCGCAACUUUCCCCCCUCUCAUCGUGUCAUGCAUUACAUGA